CGCGUGAGUGCGAUGCAGCAUUGCAUGACGGUAAAGGAGACUCUGACUGAUGUCCGUGUAUCUGGCAACAUCGACAGAGAUCCCUCAAUAUCUCCUCGAAGCUGGCUGGGCUUCUACAGGGCAACAAAUCGCGAUCACUCAGCCACGGAGAAUCAGCGCCAUCUCAGUCGCCUCGAGGGUAGCAACAGAAGUAGGAUCGGUCCUGGGAGAUGAGGUCGGCUACUCGAUUCGCUUCGAGGAGGUAUCGAACCCGCUUCGGACACGCAUCAAGUUCCUCACAGACGGAAUGCUAUUCCGAGAGUGUAUGCGGGAUCCUUUGCUCAGCAAGUACAGCGUCAUUAUGAUUGACGAGGCUCACGAGAGAGGCGCGUACACCGAUCUCCUACUUGGCUUGAUCAAGAAGAUUCGCAGGAAGCGGCCAGAGCUCAGAGUCAUCGUUUCCAGCGCCACGAUCGAUGCAAAGAAUAUGCUCGACUUCUUCGCCAACGGAGAAGCGCACGACGAAGCGACAAUACUUUCGCUAGAAGGACGAACCUAUCCGGUUGAAGUCUCUCAUCUCGGCAAGCCAUGUAGUGACUACGUCAAGGCGGCUGUGGACACUGUAUGGUCCAUUCAUCUCAAUGAGGGCCAAGGAGAUAUACUGGUCUUUCUCACCGGCAGAGAAGAGAUCGAUCGUUGUCUGCAAACAAUAGCAGAUCGAUUGCUCGACUUACCGAAGGGCUCGUUACCACUCGAGUUGCUGCCGCUUCAUGCAGGGUUGACCUCGGAGGAGCAGAUCGCCGUCUUUACGCCAACGGCAAGGGGUUCGCGGAAAUGCAUUGUAGCUACCAACAUCGCGGAGACAAGCGUGACGAUUGAGGGGGUCAAGUAUGUUGUUGAUUGUGGCUUCGUAAAGGUGAGCUGGCGUGGGAAGGUCUCAGGAUGCUGCGUCAGUAUACUUACUCUCCUCUCCCCUGUCCGCUCAGGCACGCCUGUUCAACCCAAUCUCAAGCAUGGACAUACUUGCGACGGUCCCCAUCUCACAAGCUUCCGCGACGCAAAGGGCAGGGCGAGCAGGUCGUGUCUCGCCGGGCAAAUGCUACCGCUUGUAUACAUCGUCGGCCCACAAAUUCCUGCCUCGUACGACGUUGCCGGAGUUGGCACGGACAGACAUCACUCCCUAUAUAUUGCGGCUCAAGGCCCUCGGCAUCGACAAUCUUGCCAACUUUGAAUACCUGCCACCCGCUCCGCCGAGCGGUAUGAUGGUCCGAGGUCUCGAAUUCCUCUCUGCGAUAGAUGCUCUCGAUGAGUGGGGCCGCCUUACGCCUGUAGGUGAGAGGAUGGCAGAGUUGCCCGUCGAGCCGAUGACAGCCAAGUGCUUGCUGGCUUCCCAAGAGUUUCGUUGCACUGCUGAGAUGGUCUCGAUAGCAGCGAUGACUUCGGUUGCCUCGCCCUUCACUAUACCCGACGAAGGUCGCUCACGAGCUGGGGCGGAGGGCGAGUUGGAAAGAAGGAAGUUCACAGCAGAG